AGAAGUACAUCCUGGGAAGGAAAAUGCUUUGUGGACCCUUGUGCCGAAUCCUGUGGCUUUGGCCCUAUCUGUCCUAUAUUGAAGCUGUGCCGAUCCGAAAAGUCCAGGAUGACACCAAAACCCUCAUCAAGACGAUUGUCACCAGGAUCAAUGACAUCUCACACAUGCAGUCUGUCUCCUCCAAACAGAGGGUUGCCGGUCUCGACUUCAUUCCUGGACUCCACCCUGUUCUGAGUUUGUCCAAGAUGGACCAGACGUUGGCCGUCUACCAACAGAUCCUCGCCAGUCUGCCUUCCAGAAAUGUGGUCCAAAUAUCUAAUGACCUGGAGAACCUCCGGGACCUUCUCCACCUGCUGGCUUCCUCCAAGAACUGUCCCUUGCCCCGGGCCAGGGGCCUGGAGACCUUCGAGAGCCUGGGCGGUGUCCUGGAAGCCUCACUCUACUCCACGGAGGUGGUGGCCCUGAGUAGGCUACAGGCAUCUCUGCAGGACAUGCUUCGGCGGCUGGACCUCAGCCCUGGGUGCUGAGGCCUCGAAGGCCUUUCUUCCCAAAGUCAAGGAGAAAACCCUGGGCUCCCAGGUGUCCCCAGGAGAGAGCCCAUGUGGGUGUCCUUUAUCUAGGCCCCAGGCCAUUUGUCUCUCACACCUCUGAGCCACUCUUCAAAAGGCAUACGCCUUCAAGGCACAAAACGGAAGACAGAAUGCAUGAUUCCGUGCUCACCGGGAAGGGGGACCCACCCAGCAAACAGUGAACCGGACCUGAGGAUCCCACAAGAGCCUUCCUUCCUGUGCCCCUCCCCUUUCACCGCAUGCUUCAGCGUGACCUGGGGUGAUUUCAGGAGGCACCCGCCAAGCCUUUGGACCAUCAAAGCGAGGUUCUACCUGAGAAUUCUGGGAGCACCGUGACGGUUACAUCCACAGAGCUGCAAACCCGCAAGCCACACAUUAUUUAUUAUGCAUUUUAUUCUGGAUGGAUCUGAAGCCAAACAUCAGCUUUUCCAAACUCUCUGGGGCCAGCCAGGGCUGGCUGCUUCCAGCCCCACCGGUGGGCCUGGUGGGGUAAACCCAUUUCUAGUGACUUGAGGGCUCUCAAGUUAGUUCUUUGGUAACUGGUUUUGUUUCUACUGUGACUGAUGUGAAAUUACAGUGUUUGCAAUGGCAUUGCCCUGAGCAGAUCUCCAAGGACCAGGUUCUUUCAAAACGAAGAUGAAUUUUGUCAAGUGUGAUAUACAGAUGUGUGCACCUGGAGGUGGGGGGGUGUGUUAACGGAAAGAAGAAGGAUCAGAAUGUAUUUUCUGAAUUACAUUUGUGUGACGGACUCUCCGUAUGGGGUGGAGUCAUUUUCUCCUCUCUACAGCCACUUAGUGUGGUUUUCUUGAAAAUAACAAAGGAGAUGACUCCUUCAGAGGGGUUGUGGGGUUUUGCCAGCCACCUAUGGAGGGAGGCUGAGACCUGUCUAUUGGGACAGUUGUGAGCUCUGGCCUUCUCCGAUUGCUGCAGAGAGGUCUUUCUUAUCAGGGAGCAAGGAUCCCUCACUGGAGACCGUGAUCGCCAGAGCAGGGGUCCUUGGUAUGGCCCUUGGAAUGGUCGGGGAUGAUCCCACACUGGAUUUACAACACAGUGGUACCCCUACUUGGGAUUUGCAUGCCAGAUUGUGGUUCUCAUCAGACUGGCUCACCCAAAGCAUGACCAUGUUUGCUACCCAUUCGGUGUGGAUUUUUAUUCCAGUGAGAAGGUCUGUGGGCUUUAGCAGGUGGUCCCAAGACCUGGGCCAGCACAGCUCAGUGCCAGGACCCCCAGGCCAGGCCGCCAGGAGCGCCCUUCCCACUAGAGGUCAUGUUUGGUGGGAUGAAUGAACAAGGAGGCUUGGGUUUUCCACGGUCCUGCCACUGUGAUGAGGCAGUCACAUUACAGGUGGUGGAUCUGUCCAAGGAAAUUCGAAUCAAAGCUCUCAACGUUAAGACUGAGCACCUACUUCGUGUUCAGCCCUGAUUGGUGCUAUGGGUUAAAGAAGCUCACCAAGUGAACAUUAAAAUCCAGUCUUGCCCUCAGGACCUUGCAUUCCAGAUGGUAAAAACCCUACACAGCCACACGCAAAGGCUGGCCUUUCACCAUGGCAACCAAGCUGCCAAGAGUACGUGCUCCUGGGCAGGGUGGUGUGCUCAGGGGCCCACUGGCUAACCCUGCUUGCACUUGGUAGCGUUUUUGCUUUUCAGGGCCUGGCAGCAUUUAUUACUGUGUAACCACAUCCCAUUUUGAAGCAGCUUGGCUGACCGUUUAAAAAUAAGAAAAUACCUAAGACCGUGACAGCAGAUGGGUAGAAGGGCUAAGACUAGAGAGAGUUCAGGUCCUCUGACUCCCCAGAGUGUCUCUGGAGCCAGGUAGUGCUCCCUAGAGGUGCAGAUAGCACUGGGCAAGGGAGACCAGGAGUGCUUGUGGGGAGAGAGGAGCUGGAGGCAAAUUUGCAGGAGGUGAAGGAUGUGACUUGCUGGAGAGAGGAGGCUGUUUUAUUCAUGCUGAGACACCAGGGUGAAGGCAGAUGCAGCCAGUUAUAAAGAAAGACAGACAAAGGAAAGAUGGGAGGGACAGGGACACGUGGAAGAGGACUUCUGUGGCAAAGAAGUUUGGUAUCGAAAGGGUUAAGAGUUGAAAGUUCUAGAGCAGAGCUAUUCACGAGAUGGACAGAGUAAGGCCCCUUCUGGAGAAUGUGACCCAGAGAAUCACUACCACCCAGUCAAGCUGGGAUCUUUUCAUUCACCAAAACCCGGCCUCUGGCUUAUUCUCAGAGUGUAAAAGUUCUAAAAUGUAAAUGAUUGUCCUUUUAUGUAACUUCGAAAAAUUUUUUUGGUUGUUAAAAAAAAAUCCAAAUAAAUUAACUUUGCCCCCUG